AUGCCCUCUCCUCGUGAUGACUAUAUCCUGGUCCAGAGUAUUGCAGUUGGUCUUAACCCCAGUGACUGGAAGCAUGUCGAAUUCCUUGUACCUCCCGGUGUCCCCGUGGGAUAUGACUAUGCCGGUGUCCUGGAGGCCGUUGGAAAGAACGUCAAGAAAUCUUUCAACAAAGGAGAUUUUGUGUGGGGAUUUGCCCAUGGCUCCAACGCUAUUGAGCCUGAGGAUAGGACUUUUGCAGAGUACAUUGUGGUCAAGGGAAAUCUGCAAAGUAAAAUUCCCGGUAACCUCAGCUUCCAAGAGGCAGCUACCCUUGGUGCGGGCAUCCACACUGCGUGUCAGGGUUUAUAUCAAAUUCUCAAUAUGCAGUGGCCUACUGAGCCUACUAAGAACGCGGAACCUAUCCUUAUCUAUGGAGGUUCCAUCGCCACUGAUCCUCUCGCUAUUCAGUUUGCGAAACUAUCUGGCUAUACUGUGAUCACGACUUGUUCGCCGCACAAUUUCGAUCUCGUUCGCGCACUCGCUGCCGAUGCGGUCUUUGACUAUAAAGAUUCCCAGGCUGCGGCUGAGAUCCGCCGAUACACAAACAAUAACCUCAAACUUGUUUUUGACUGCAUCUCUCUGGAUUCGACUGCGAAAUUCUGUGAUGAUGCCAUUUCCACCACUGGUGGCGAAUACGCAGCCUUGUUGCCGUUCAGCAUUGAUCGUGCCAAUGUUAAGAGCCGGUUUGUUUUAGGCUACGCGGUCAUCGGCGAGGCAUUCAAGAUAGGCGACAUGGCAUUUCCGGCAAAGCUGGAAGAUCAAGCCCUGGUGGGUAAGGAAGGUCUGAUGGGUAUUUUGGCAGGCCUAGAGCUACUGAAGACGGGCAAGGUCAGCGGCGUGAAGCUUGUGUACAAUGUCUCGGAGACCCCUUGA